GAACUAACUUGCGAGAGUACGCCCACUUUUAUGCAGGGCCCAAAAACCGUCCUUUUUCUAGGCACACAUUACACAUAUGAACAAAUUGGUGUUCACUCAUCAUCAAUGCCCUCUUUUUUCUGAGGAAGAGCAAAACUAAGAAUGCCAUUAAACAGAAAAAUAAUAAAACAGAGUUUAUGGGGAAGCUGAUUACCACUACCAAACCUCUAAUCUUCCAAUCCAAGCUCCUCUGUUUUUCUCUGUUAUACCUCUUCACAACUCUUUUCCUCGCUCUCUACACCAUUCUCUCUCAAUCCAAAUGCUUAUUCAGAUCUUCCCCUUUGGAUCCAAUUCAGGAUCCUCUCUUCUCUUACCCUUCCUCCUAUGGAGAGCACAAGUAUGCUGUCUCAACCACACGUUCUACAUGCACUUCUCCUAUUUUCUUUUCAGAUUACAUGGAUGUUGUGAAGGAGAUCAAGAAUUUGAUCAAGGACUCUUCAUCAGCUGAAGAGUCGAGUGCUCUGCGCUACAUGCAGGGGAAUGCAGAGAGUUUUGGUGGGAACUUGAGCACCAAGGCGAGGUUCUCUUAUUUCGAUCAUCAAAUUGAUAACACUCAAGUACCCUGUGGAUUUCUCAAGAAAUUUCCAAUCAGUGAUUCCGAUCGAAUUGCGAUGGAGAAGUGUGAGGGUGUAGUAGUAGUUUCAGCAAUCUUCAAUGACCAUGACAAGAUACGGCAACCGAAGGGAAUUGGUGGGAAAACAGUGGAAGAAGUGUGUUUCUUCAUGUUCAUAGAUGAGGUGACAAUGAAGGGUCUUGAAGAUCAUGGAAUGAUAGGGAGGGAAUCAAGAGAACAUAAGAUAGGUGUGUGGAGGAUUGUUAAGGUUGCGAAGGAGGAGUUGUAUGAGAGCCCAGCAAUGAAUGGGAUCAUACCAAAAUACUUAGUCCAUAGGCUGUUCCCAAAUUCGAAAUUCAGCAUUUGGGUGGAUGCAAAGUUGCAGCUUGUGGUUGAUCCUUUGCUGUUGAUUCAUUCGCUUGUUAUAUCUCAGAAUGUGGACAUGGCUAUAUCAAAACAUCCUUUUUUUCUUCACACCAUGGAAGAAGCAAUGGCAACUGCCCGAUGGAAGAAAUGGUGGGAUAUUAACGCCUUGAAGCACCAAAUGGAGACCUACUGUGAACAUGGACUCCAACCAUGGUCCCCAUCCAAGCUCCCUUAUGCUUCAGUUGUUAUUUUAAGGAACGUGACAAGUUAUGCCGCCGUUAGGAUUGGAAUGGCUUCAAUAGGGGAAGAUGUGCCAGAUAGUGCUGUGAUCCUUCGGAGGCAUGGAGUGGGAAGUAACCUGUUCUCUUGCCUAAUGUUCAAUGAGUUGGAGGCAUUCAACCCAAGAGAUCAAUUGGCUUUUGCAUUUGUGAGGGAUAAGAUGAAGCCCAACGUGACCAUCAACAUGUUUGAGGUGGAAGUGUUUGAGCAGCUGGCACUUGAGUUCAGACACAACCUCAAGAAUAAGCGCCAUGAGAGCCUUUUGUCCACUUCAACAAGGACCAAAAGGGCACACCCUGGUUUCUUGUAUGUUAAUGCCACCUGUUGCAGCAAGUGCCAGAAGUAUCUUCUCACCAUGUGGGAUCAAUCCAAUCAUUGAUUAUAUUCUUCCCAUUCUAAAACAAACACAUACCACAUUUUUAUGUACAUAUAUACUUUUACAUCCUA